UUUUUUAACAGGACACAAAUAUAUAUUAGAUAAUAGAGAUGUAUUAAAUUAUUCCAGAUUUAAAUCUAUUUUUUUGCUGCCAAGGAGUAGGGGGGACCAGACAUCGUCGUGUGUAUAUAUAUCUUUAUUUUUCCUCUUMACUCAUUUAUGGGUGAGUCAAGGCUGCUGAGGAAAAAAAAAAUAGUGUAGUUAAAAUCCCUUUAUCCUUCUCCACAGAAGCUUUUUUUUCUUUCUUUCAUUGCUGUGCAUUUCCUUUUGAAAAAGGAAACCUCUUAUUUUGUGAACCAAAGAUUUAUUUUUCCCUUCCUCCUGGCCAAAGGAAGGAAACAGAUAAAUUGAUACAUUUAAAUAGUCAAAGAGAUUAUCUUUUACGGGGGAAAAAAAAUUCUAUAUCUGAACCUGAAAUAGUGUGGAGGGAGAAACUGGAAUAUCUAGCUAAACCCGGGAUAUUUACUAAUCUCUCCUCAGCAGAGGAAGAGGUAAACACUAAACAUCAACUUGUUCUUGCAAGGAGGAUUCAAACCCUAAAUAUAAUAAAUGGGGGAUUACGGGUUUGGAGUGUUAGUGCAAAACAACACUGGAAAUAAGUCAGCUUUUCCAGUCAGAUUUCAUCCACAUCUGCAGCCUCCGCACCAUCAUCAAAAUGCAACCCCCAGCCCUGCUGCUUUUAUAAAUAAUAACACAGCUGCCAAUGGCAGUAGUGCUGGGUCAGCUUGGCUCUUUCCUGCUCCAGCUGCCCAUAAUAUUCAGGAUGAGAUUCUAGGGCCGGAAAAAUCGAAAACUCAGCAACAGGAAAAGCAAGAGUCCCUAGAAAAACAGCAGCUUUCCCCUAGUCAAAGUCAGGAAGCAGGCAUGCUGUCCGAACCCGAGAAAGCUAAAACUGAAGAAAAUCAGGGCGAUAACUCUUCGGAGAACGGCAGUGGCAAGGAGAAAAUCAGAAUAGAGUCGCCGGUGUUAACAGCAUUCGAUUAUCAAGAGGCUUCGGGGCUGGGUACUUCGACGCAGCCCCUGACGUCCACAGCAUCUUCUCUGACUGGUUUCAGUAACUGGUCUGCGGCUAUCGCUCCUUCUUCUUCUACAAUAAUCAAUGAAGAUGCAAGCUUUUUUCACCAGGGAGGGGUCCCUACCGCCUCGGCUAAUAAUGGUGCUCUGCUGUUUCAGAAUUUUCCACAUCACGUCAGCCCUGGCUUUGGUGGUAGCUUUUCCCCCCAGAUCGGACCCCUCUCUCAGCACCACCCUCAUCACCCCCAUUUUCAGCAUCAUCACAAUCAGCAUCAGCAACAGAGAAGGUCUCCUGCAAGUCCUCACCCGCCACCCUUUACACAUAGAAAUGCUGCUUUUAAUCAGCUGCCUCAUCUGGCUAAUAAUCUUAACAAGCCACCUUCUCCAUGGAGCAGCUACCAAAGCCCAUCGCCUACACCCUCUUCGUGGAGCCCUGGUGGUGGCGGAUACGGUGGGUGGGGAGGGUCCCAAGGGCGAGACCACCGCAGGGGACUGAACGGAGGGAUAACACCCCUGAACUCCAUCUCACCCUUGAAGAAGAAUUUUGCAAGUAAUCACAUCCAGUUGCAGAAAUAYGCUCGCCCCAGCUCUGCCUUUGCUCCAAAAUCUUGGAUGGAAGACAGUUUGAAUAGAGCGGACAACAUUUUCCCUUUUCAGGAUCGCACAAGGACUUUUGACAUGCAUUCACUGGAGAACUCGCUAAUUGACAUAAUGAGAGCUGAAAAUGAUUCACUGAAAGCAAGGACAUAUGGGAGAAGGCGAGGUCAGUCUUCACUGUUUCCAAUGGAAGACGGGUUCUUGGAUGAUGGACGUGGGGAUCAGACUCUUCACAGUGGUUUGGGAUCACCUCACUGCUUCUCUCACCAGAAUGGAGAAAGAGUGGAGCGGUAUUCCCGGAAAGUCUUUGUGGGCGGCCUGCCACCUGAUAUCGAUGAAGAUGAGAUCACUGCUAGUUUUCGCCGUUUUGGACCUCUGAUUGUAGAUUGGCCACACAAGGCAGAGAGCAAAUCUUACUUUCCUCCUAAAGGAUACGCGUUUUUGCUGUUCCAAGAUGAAAGCUCUGUUCAGGCACUGAUUGACGCAUGUAUUGAAGAAGAUGGAAAACUGUAUCUUUGUGUCUCCAGUCCCACUAUCAAGGACAAACCGGUUCAGAUCCGGCCUUGGAACCUUAGUGAUAGUGAUUUUGUUAUGGAUGGUUCACAGCCUCUUGACCCACGAAAAACCAUUUUUGUUGGUGGUGUUCCUCGGCCUUUACGAGCAGUGGAACUUGCAAUGAUAAUGGAUCGCCUGUACGGAGGGGUGUGCUAUGCUGGAAUUGACACAGACCCUGAGCUGAAAUACCCAAAAGGAGCUGGGCGGGUUGCAUUUUCUAAUCAACAGAGUUACAUAGCUGCUAUCAGCGCUCGCUUUGUUCAGCUGCAGCAUGGAGAGAUAGAUAAACGGGUGGAAGUUAAGCCAUAUGUCUUGGAUGAUCAGCUUUGCGAUGAAUGUCAGGGGGCCCGUUGUGGUGGAAAGUUUGCUCCAUUUUUCUGUGCUAACGUUACCUGUCUGCAGUAUUACUGUGAAUAUUGCUGGGCUGCUAUCCAUUCACGCGCUGGCAGGGAAUUCCACAAACCCCUGGUGAAGGAGGGAGGAGAUCGCCCAAGACAUAUUUCAUUCCGCUGGAACUAAGUGAUCACUGCAGUGCUCAGAUGCAGGCCUCAAAUUAAGUGCACUCUUCUGUUAUCCUGAUUGUCCCUACCCCACCUGACCCUUUCUCUUAUUCAAGAUAGCAUGUCCUUUUGUAGUAGUCUGUAAUUUAACAAUAGUAUAAUGGAAGAAUGACCUAUCAUAUGGGUAUUUUGUAGAAUCUUGUCAUUGAAAACUGUAUUGGGAACUCCUUUUCGUAUUGAUCACAUGUUGCGAGCAAGUUGCAUUCUCUUGCCUUUGCUAUCAAGAGAACACUUAAUUUCAUGCAACAUUUUCUUAGAGGAGAGAAAAAUAUUAAGAGAAUUGAAACAAUAGAGUAUUUUGGUUUUUUAAUUAAAUUAUUGCUAAUAAAGAACAUAAGAAUACUUUUAUUAAAAUAACCAUGUAACAAUAACACUAUCAGUCUGUUCUGACACUUUCCCCCAGGGAAGCCUGUUUUUUGCCUCUCUUUUUGUUUUGAUUUUUUCAGUUUUUCCAGCAACAGAUGAAGUUAGCAUUUAGCUACCAACAGGAAAGAGCAUGUUUAAAGCAACAAAAAUGCAUGAGCAAAGUUCAAGCAGCAUUUAUAGUAGUGAUGUUUUAAUCUCGCUAAGGGCUUUGAGGCCGAAUUUUAGCUCGGCAUGCGUCUGACCAUGCCUCUGACGACCACCCACAUCCAAAUUACUAAUGAGAUAGGCA